AUGAACUCGGAUUGCUUGAUUACGCUUUUGAGCUUCGAACCGAAAUUGUUGAGAGUUGAUGCUGAGACGGCGGCAUAUGCAAGAGGUGGCGGUGGGCAAUUACCGUGCUUUCAUUGCGGCGGCGGAUGCGUUGCUCGAGAUAUGAGAGGAGAAAACUUAAACUUAUGGGUAUUCACAUGUGUUUGUCCUCUUCUGCAGAUAGCUGAAAUUCCUAAACUAACAUCUGGUUGCACUGAAUUUGUUGAUUCUGCGGAACAUAUUUUGGAGAAGAGGAAGAUGAACCAAACAUUACUGGGAAAUCAUAAUACUUUGCUUGAUUUGCUUGAAAUUCCUCAACUCAUGGACACGCAUAAACAUAAAGCUUAUUAG